CCAUAAGGCGCAAGCGCGAGAGCGACGUUGCUUUCUUUCUCCUCCACCUCGUCGUCGUCUCAACAAAAAUAAUGUUUUCUCGUGCCGCCCUUCCCUUGCGCGCAUCGGUGCGCUCCAGCACAGCUAGCAGCUUGCGGUCUGCGCCCCGCCUGCAGGCUCGCCAGACGUUCCGCUUCCAGUCGACGCAGUCUGGCCGUCCCACCCCCGAGGAGCAGGCAAAGGCCCGCAAGUCGCUGGCGAGCGCUACCGCCUUCCUGAACAUUGCGCUCAUCCUCAGCGCCGGAGCCGCCGGUUUCGCCAUUGCGAGCACUUUUGUCCAGCCCGCGUUCGCGCCCACCCUUAUUGACUCGGGCGUCGCCAUCAGGCUCCAGGACCUCAACCAGCCCAAGUACGGCACCCCCACUGCGUACCGCAGCGCCAUUGCCGAGAUCCAGGAGCUGUGGAAGUCGCGCAACAAGGAGGACAGCGUCAGCACGGACGAGGACGACCUCAGCGCCCACGGCAUCUCAGACUGGUCGUACCAUGAGGCUCACCGCCCGACUGUCGUCGUCUGGGUCGACUCGACCUCCGAGGUCCAGGACCUUGUGCGCAUCGCCCAGAAGUACCGCAUCCCCAUCACGCCCUUUGCGGGCGGUACCUCUUUGGAGGGCCACUACAGCUCGCCUUACGGCGGUAUCUCGAUCGACCUGUCGCGUCUCGACAAGGUGGUCAGCCUGAGCGUGGCUGACGGCGAGGCCGUCGUUCAGGCCGGUGUCAAGUGGGACGAGUUCAACGAGCAGCUCAAGAAGGACGGCGUCAAGCUCUUCUUCCCUCUCGACCCUGGACCCGGCGCCACGAUCGGCGGCAUGGCCGGUACCGGCUGCUCGGGCACCAACGCUGUCCGCUACGGUACUGCCAAGGCCGAGUGGUUCAUCAACUUCACUGUUGUUCUCCCCACCGGCGAGGUGAUCAAGACCCGCUCCAACGCCCGCAAGUCGAGCGCCGGUUGGGACGCGACCAAGCUCUUCAUUGGUGCCGAGGGCUCGCUCGGUAUUAUCACCGAGGCGACCAUCCGUCUCGCCCCCGCCCUGCCUACCAAGGUCGCCAUUGUCAACUUCCCCAGUGUUGAGGAGGCUGUCCGUGCUGCCACCGAGGUUGUCAACGAGGGCUACCCUGUUCAGUGCGUCGAGUACCUCGACGGCCGUACCAUCCGCGCCAUCAACCUCGGCGGCCUCGCGGGCAGGUCGUACCCCGAGACGGACACGCUCUUCUUCAAGUUCCAGGGCUCCGAGGCCAUCAUGAAGGAGACGGCCAAGGCCGUCAAGGACCUGACGUCCAAGCACGGCGGCAAGGGCUUCGAGUUCUCGCGUACGGACAAGGAGGCUGCGGACCUGUGGGAGGGCCGCAAGGCUGCCCUGUGGUCGGUUCUCGCUCUUCGCCCUGACGGUCGCGUGUGGACGACCGACGUGUGUGUUCCCAUCUCCAAGCUCCCGCGCCUGGUGCAGGAGACGUCGGAGGACUUUGAGAAGCGCGGCCUCGAGGCAUGCCACUUCGGCCACGUCGGUGACGGCAACGUCCACUCGCUCGCCCUCUUCUCCAACGACGACGAGCUCCACCGCGUCAAGGAGGCAGUCCACGACAUGGUUGAGCGUGCCAUCCGCCUCGGAGGAACCUGCACCGGCGAGCACGGCGUCGGUAUCGGAAAGAUCGAGUACCUCGACACCGAGCUCGGUGAGGGUACCGUCAACCUCAUGGAGACGGUCAAGCGCACUAUCGACCCCCACAACCUGUUCAACCCCGGAAAGAUCUACCCCCACAUUAGGCCGCCCCACGCCAACGACUCCAAGAAGUAGACGGGGUGUGGCGUGGUAGCAGCAUCAUCAUAGAUUAUCGGAUGUAGG